AUGCUCCACCGCCUCGCCCACACCCGCGUGUGCCGAUGCUUCAUCCUCCCCACACCCCGCGCGCUCUCCAACGCUCCCGUUCCCGCUCCUACUCCACCCGCUGCGCCGCCGCUCUCGGCCGCGGACCUCGAGCAACUCCUCCGCCGCUGUCACUACUCUGCCUCCAACCACCGCUUCCAUUCCCUCCUCCCCCUCCUUUCGCACCCCUCCGUCCUCCUCUCCUCCGCGCUCCACCUAAGCCGCCGCGCGCACCCAUCCCUCCCCACCCCGCCCCAACCCCCACCAAUCACCAUUGCCGCCGCUGCCGCCGCGUUCUCCUCCCCAUCAUCCCACCUCCGCCUCCUCCUCCCGUCCCGUCUCAAGGGCCAGCCGCUCCCCGUCCCCACGCUCCCGCUCCGCCUCGCUUUCCGCUGCGCCGCCUCCGUCCUCGACGCCGUGUUCGCCUCUCGUGCGGCCACCUUCGCUUACCGCGGCCGCCACGCAGCCGUCCGAUACCUCAAGUCCAUUCCCAGCGCGUCCUGGUUCUUCCGCGUCGCCAUCCCGCGCCAGCCCUUCGCCCCUCGCCACGUUCGCCGUCUGCUCGGUGCCAUCUCCAAUAAGGUCGAUGAUCCCGGGUUCCUGGAGUUCCUGAACGAGCUGUUCGUCUCUGAUGCUGUCGCGUUUGAGCUUGGUGGCUGCGAGCUCGGACGCGGGCUGCCACAGGAAUCAGAGCUCACUGGCACGCUAGUGAACAUAUUCUUCAAUAUUGUGGAUGGAGAGAUAAUGGCCAUCCGUGAGGAAGUGCACAAAAAGCAUCCUAGAAUGAAGGAUGACGAUGACAGGGUUCGGCAUACACCUGUGAGAGUGUAUGCGGUUCGGUAUCUAGAUGAUAUUCUGGUUGUGACGUCUGGGUCGAAGAUGCUCACAAUUGAGAUCAGGGACAGGAUAAUUGCAGCCUUGGAGAGGGAUUUGGAGGUGAAGGUGGACAGGUUGGGGAGCUCAAUCCACAGUGCUGUAUCAGAGAAGAUUGAGUUCCUGGGGAUAGAAUUCCAAGCUGUGCCACCGUCAGUCUUGCACCCACCCAUGUCAGAGAAAGCGAAGAGGGCAAGGAAGAAGUAUCUGAAGAUGAAGGCUGAAAAGGCACAGGAGCUGAAAAAUGCACGGGAGACGAGGCGGAAAAAGCUCGGCUUGAAGAUACUGAACCACUUGUUCAAGAGGAUGAGGAGGGGUGAGGAGUUUGAAUUUGAUUUCCGGAUUGAGAAAGAGGUGCAGCAAGUUUUCAGGGACUGGGCAGAGGAGACAGUAGCACAAUACUUUGAAUCACGUGAGCAUUGCCAAUAUUGGCACCGAUUGCUUACGUCAGGUGACUUCUUGUCAUUGAAUAGGGUGAGGGAUCAAUUGCCACCUGCCUUGGUGGACUCAUAUGAUAAAUUUCAAGAGACAGUUGACAGUUUUUUGAUGCCGAUGAGAAGUCAUGACAUGACAGAAGAAGAGGAGAGGCUAGCUGAGGAGGAAGAAGAGAAACAAUAUGAGAAGAGGACUGUUGAGGACUUGACAGAGCUUAAGAUGAGGGCCAAUGUGCCGAUAGAUCUUGUAAGGAAGGCGGUAAAGCUUACUGGAUUCACAAAUUCCAUGGGCCGGCCACGUCCAAUUAAGCUACUUCUCUGUUUGGAUGAUGUGGAUAUCAUCAAAUGGUAUGCUGGCGUCGGGAGGAGGUGGUUAGAUUUCUUCUGCUGUUGCCGUAACUUCAAGAUGGUCAAGACUGUUGUCACUUACCACUUGAGGUUCUCCUGCUUCUUGACACUAGCAGAGAAGCAUGAGUGCACAAAGAGGCAAGCAAUUAGCCAUUUCACAAAGGAUUUAAAGGUAGCAAAUCAUGAUGGAAUGGCAGAAGUGUACUUCCCAACAGAACGUGAGAUCAAAAUGAUGGGUGAUAAAAACUUGUCUGACCCAAAGCCUGUGGAUGGUGCCUUGACGAUGAUAUUGGUGAGAUUAGCAGUUGAUGGCACCUCCUAUCCAUGCCUAGCUCAUUUUUGUGCAAAAACAGAAACUGUGCUGUACAGAAUACGUUUGCUGCAAAAUCGCCUAAAUAUUGAUCCGUUGAAUGAAAAGAAAUGGGUCCACGGAUUAGGUGCUAUUCAUGAGAGUCUGAACAAGAAAUGUCUCCCCUUGUGCUCUAUGCAUGCAAAUGAUCUCUUUCUUGGCAAGAUCACUCUUCAAGAUAUUGACUGUACUCAAUUUGUUGAUGUGGAAUGA